AUGGUAUCCUCGUCGCUGUCCCUUAGCGCUGGUUCGCUGUUCCUCCUGUGGCUGGCAUCGCCAACCGCCGCCACAUCCGAUAGUUACGGGCUGGUGGAGAAUUGGCACGGCAAAAGUUUCUUGGACUACUUUAACUUCUAUACAGGAUCCGACCCAACCAAUGGUUUCGUGACCUAUGUUGACCAGAGCAGUGCCGAAAGUGCGGGAUUGGUGAAGGUCACCGACAGUGGCAGCGUUUACAUUGGUGUCGACCACACCACCACCCUCUCGACCACUGGCAAAGGUCGAGACUCCGUUCGUAUUGGCAGCAAGAAAUACUAUGAUCACUCUCUGAUCAUCGCCGAUAUUGCACACAUGCCAGGCAGCAUCUGUGGCAGCUGGCCAGCUUUCUGGUCCGUUGGCAAAGAGUGGCCUGCCGAUGGUGAGAUUGAUAUCAUUGAGGGCGUCAACCUACAGGAUCACAAUGAGAUCGUCAUGCACACAGCUGGAACUUGUAGCAUCACAGACACCGGUAUGACAGGCGCGGUCAAUGCCACCGGGUGUGGCGAGGACCUCGGGACUGUGGGCUGCGUCAUUGAGGGCGAUACCGGGAGUUAUGGCACCUCAUUCAACAAGCAGGGUGGUGGUGUUUAUGCCAUGCAGUGGACCGAACAGUUUGUCAAGAUCUGGUUCUUCCCUCGUUCUUCGAUCCCAAAAUCAAUUUCCAGCGGCAGCCCCGAUGUCUCCCAGUUCGGCACUCCCAUGGCUUUGGUUCAGGAUGGCUGCGAUGUCGCCAGCAGUUUCAAGUCCCAGUCUUUCGUUUUCGAUGUUACUUUCUGUGGUGACUGGGCUGGGGGCGUGUUCGGCACAUCUGGAUGCCCCAUGUCCAGCUCCGAUCCCUCGCAGAGCUGUAUCAACUAUGUCGCCAAGAAUCCCGCUAAGUUUGAGCAGACUUACUGGGAGAUCAACUCCGUCAAGAUCUACCAGACCGGCGUGGAGACUGACUCUACCUCAUCUUCCACCCACGCCGUGGCCUCAACCCAUGCUACUGUUGUUGAGGCCACCAAAGCCACUCAAGCUGUGGCCGAGACCACUGCCAAAGCCACUAUCGCGGCUGCGGAGACCUCUGCUGCGGUUGUAGAGAGCGCUGCCAGUGGUGGCUGGAGCAAUGCCGACACUUCCUCUGCUUCAAGUGCUAACACCGUUGGCGUUGUUGGUGAAUUGACCGGUCUUUCAGAUGCUACUUCGACCGCCGUUGCAUCGUCCUCCAAGACCACUCGCUUCGUUACAAAAUUUGUUACCGAAACCACCACUUUGUGCCCUGUUGCUCAGGCCUCUGCCUCGUUGGCCUCUUCUUCGAACGGCGUCGAGACACCUGCGGUUGUCCAGACUACCGAGUCAGUCCAGUCUGCUGCGCCAAUUGCAACAGACGCGGCCAAAGAGGCCCAAACCCCAGUGCAACAGCCCAGUGCUGCCACCUCCGAGGCUGUCAACAGCCAGGUUCCCAGUCAAGUUCCCACUGGCGCUGAUGCGGUUUCCACUAAUGCUCCUCAAACUGCUGCUUCAUCGGACACCACUCUACCGACAAUCAUCAUGGCCCCUGGUGUCAACAUCGGCUCCUCCAGCCUUCUUCCUAGCCCACAUGGCACGCAAACAUCGAAGGCUCUCAUUCCGGCUGCCACCGGUGCCUCUGCGGCCUCUAGUAGCUCUGGAGGUACUUCCCAAGGAUCCUCCACCACCGCCGUGAGCCCGGUCUUCACUGGUGCAGCCGAGAGGGCGUCCGUCAAGUUUUCGACGAUCAUUGCUGCCUUUGUGCUUGCUCUGAUGGCUUAG